AUGGCGACCAGCUCAGACUCCCUGAAAAAAGCCAAAAGCCUCGACAACCCUGAACACGUCGAGGACUUCAUCGACAAUGUCGAAAUCAACCUCAACCCCGCCGAAGAUGUAUCCUACGGCCGCAGUGGCUUCCGCGGCCUCGCCGAUUCUCCCUACGUCGGCGGCGCCGCUCUCCUGGCUUCGCUCGGUGGCUUCUCCUUUGGCUACGACCAGGGCGUUAUCUCCAUCAUCAACGUCAUGAAGCAAUUCCACGAUGUCUUCCCACAAGCCGCAACACCCUUCGGCAAGGGCUUCAUGACGGGCAUGCUCGAGUUUGGUGCGUUCCUCGGGUGUUUGUUCAUGCCUACGCUGGCCGACAAAAUUUCCCGUAAGAGGGCGCUAGCGGCCGUUGUGGUCAUCUUCAACAUUGGUGCUAUCAUGCAGACCGCUGCGCCGAAUUAUGGAGUUUUGGUCACUGGCCGGACUAUCGGUGGUAUCGGCGUCGGAACACUUGCAAUGGGUUCUCCAAUCUACAUUUCCGAAAUUGCACCACCUAACCUUCGAGGUACUCUUCUCGUGCUCGAAUCUGUCUCCAUCGUCCUCGGGGUCGUCGUCUCCUUCUUCAUUACCUACGGAACCCGUCACAUGACCGGAGAGAUCGCCUUCCGUCUCCCUCUCGGUCUCCAGAUGGUCUGCGCGACCGGCCUCGGCAUCGGCAUCCUCUUCUACCCCUAUUCUCCUCGUUGGCUCGCCCUCGUCAACAGGCCCCAGGAAGCUCUCGACUCCCUCGUCCGCCUCCGCCGACUGCCCGCCGACGACCACCGCAUUCAGGCUGAGCACCGUGGCAUCAUCAGUGAGGUCGAAGUGCAGAAGAUCAUGCAGGAGAAGUACCACCCCGGAAAACGUGGCCUGAGGCUCGAACUCGCUGGUUGGCUGGACCUCUUCUCCCCGCGUCUCUGCGGAAUAAACGCGUUUAUAUACUACGCCCCGACCUUAUUCCAGUCUCUCGGACAGUCGGAGGAGAUGGCGCUCGUCAUGUCCGGUGUAUUCAACGUCCUACAGCUCGUCGCCAACUGGAGCGCCAAUACCGCUGCGGGAUGGGCCGCCGUUGCCAUGGCCUUCCUCUUCGUUCUCCUUUACGGAGUCUCCUACUCCCCUCUGGGCUGGGCCCUUCCCGCAGAAGUCUAUCCCAACUCACACCGCUCCAAGGGUGUUGCCCUGGCUACCGCGACCGUGUGGCUUUUCAACUUCAUCGUCGGCGUUGCGACCCCGCCAAUGAUGGACAAGCUCGGGUUUGGGACUUACGUCUUCUUUGGAGCCUGGUGCUUCCUCUCCUCCGUCUGGGCCUUCUUUCUCGUCCCCGAGACCAAGGGCAGGACGCUGGAGCAGAUGGACGAGGUCUUCAAGGAUACUUCUGCGCAGGAGGAGAAGGAUAUUAUCCGGCAGCAGAUCCUCGCCCAGCGUGCGCAACCGCAGACCGGUGCUGGGGUGGAGGGAGCUAAGUACUCUGUUUGA